AUGUAUUACAUUACGUUCAUCAGGAUGUGCUACGGCUCCUAUUCAUCGCUGUUCUUGGGCGACACUGUCAUCACUUCCCAGUCCGGUGUGCAGCAGGGAGAUCCACUUGGCCCAGCCCUGUUUUGUUUGGUACUGCAAAUCGUCAUUGAUAAGCUGAACACUGAUCUGAACGCCUGGUUCAUGGACGACGGAACCCUUGGAGGCCGUCCUGCGAGUGUCAUCCACAAUUUUCAGCAGCUGAUCAUGGAAGCACAGAAAAUCGGCCUUACUGUCAAUAUUGCUAAGUGUGAACUGUUCCUCUGCGGGGGCACAGACGCUCAACGAAUGUCUGCCGCGGACGAAUUUUCCCGUUUAUUCCCUGGUAUAACUAUCACAUCGGCAGAAAAACUCAACCUUCUCGGGUCCCCCCUGUUGCCCGCCGCUGUUGUACCAAUGGUCAAUGAGAAGAUAAGCCAAAUGGGAGUAAUGUGUGAUCGCCUUCGGUUGCUCCCUAAACAUCAAGCGCUCUUCCUCUUGAAGAACUGUUUAGCAGUGCCGAAGAUCGUCCACAUCCUUCGUACUUCUUUAGCAUGGAUGUUCCCUCAUGAACUUUACAGACUCGACCAGGUGUUCCGCGACGCUGUGGAAUCCAUCACUAAUGUACGUAUGGACCACCCGACGUGGCUUCAAGCCUCACUUCCCGUUCGCUUCGGUGGUUUGGGGAUCAGACGCACGGAGAAGCUAGCUCCCUCUGCCUAUAUGGCAUCGGCUUCCUCGUUGCACCCGCUGAUUUCCAAGCUUUGCCCGAAGCUAACGGCUACGGAUGUGACCGCCGCCACGCAUGCCUGGAAACUGACGUCCGAUACAGAUGAACUUCCGCCCCUCCCGUUCCGCCACGUCCAGAAAGCAUGGGACACACCUGCGACGCUACAUGCCUUUUCCCGACUGGCAGCCAUAAGGACCACACAGGAGGAAGUCGCCCACCUGAAAGCAGUAUCAGUCCCGGAAUCAGGUGUGUGGAUUCAUGCAUUACCGGCAGCUUGUCUCGGUAAUCUUCUGGAGAACAAUGCCUUUCGCAUAAGCGUCGCGCUGCGACUGGGAGCUCCAAUUGUUACUCCCCACGUGUGCGUAUGUGGCGGCUUGGUGGAUGAAUUGGGGCGGCACGGGCUCCGAUGCAAACGGUCAGCAGGCAGACUGCCACGACACGACGGCAUAAGCGGGGAGAUCGCCCGUGGAUUGAAAACGGCAGGUUUUCCUGCGAGAAUGGAACCAAAGGGUCUGUCUUUGAAGGAUAAGAAAAGGCCGGAUGUGAUUACUCUGGUACCAUGGGAGCGUGGAAAACCGCUGGCCGUGGAUGUAACAUGCGUCGACACACUCGCCGCCUCGUAUAUCGACCGUACCUCUGUAAACGUCGGAGCAGCAGCUGAACAAGCGGAAAGGGCGAAGCUGACAAAACACGCCUGGCUGCAACCUCGGUACAACCUCAAGGCAGCAGCGUUCGAAAUUUACGGGCCAUGGGGAUGUGGUACUAAGACGUUAGUGGAUAAGCUCUUCCGCACCACAUCCGUCAGUGCCUCAUUUAAACCGUACAUCGCCAACCUUCUCCUGGCCAACUUAUUUCUAGCUAUUUUUGAAAAUCCCCUGGACAUUUUAUUGGAGCUCUCCUGCCAACACUGCACGCUGUCGUGGGCGGUCUGUGACCUUUAUCUCUACUGCAAUUACGUCAUCACGGCGUGGGCGAUACACGCCCACCUCCUCAUCACCGUCAACCGCCUCUGGGCGCUGAUUUUUCCUUACAGUUAUCGUGACCAACACACCAUUAGCACCAGCUUCCUCUUUAUAGGCGGCGCUCUUGUAUACGUCCACAUUUGGAGCGUUCCAGGCCUCGUUCUGGAUUCCGUGUUUUACCGCAGCAUGAAUGACGAAUGCGAGGUGAACAACGACGCCCAACGAACGUGGGCAUUAGCGCUGCAGAUCUGCUUGUUUCUGGCUCCUAUCGUCUUCGUGGCGGGAGCCUAUAUGUACAUUAUCGACCGGCAGCCACACAAGAACACCCGUCAGCACAUCAAUCAGGCCUUCCUCAUCCUCACCCUAUUGACCUGCAGUGUAGUGAUCACGUGGACGCCCUACCAGAUCUGCCAGUUGUUGCAGAUCCUGGACAUUCCGGUGAGCAUCCACAUCGUGGCUGCAUUGGAUGUUCUAUGGAUCGUCCAGUCAAUCUUGGAUCCACUGCUCUCAACUCGCGUUGUCGCGGACAUGCGGACUGUAUUUGGACUGUCCGGGCUGAAAUAG